UUUCGGUGGGCGUUUGGUGCUACAUAGAGUUUACCGAGUUAUCUAUAUAUCCCGGCUCUUCUCCCCUUGACAUUCAGUCCAUUUUCUGUUCUUCACAUAUUAAUCACAUCAAUUCUAGGGGUUCACGGUUUCAACACUGAAGCAAAUUUCAACAUUUCGCUCUCGAUUGGUAGAAAUGAGAGAGUAUCAUGGAUUCUCUUGGUGGUAACAUUAUGCCCACCGACUCGGCACCCAAAUUAUUUCUAGCUGGAAUUGGAGUAUUCCUUCUUAUCGGAACCUGUUUUUCCAUUUUUUCCAAGGCCAAAGACAAUGAGAAUCCUACUCUUAUUCAGUCUCUGUGGCUAUUCUUCUACUCUUGCUUCCUCAAGCCGCACAAAGGUGACAGCAAGGGUAACCAGCAAGAUGCUCUCGAGAGCUUCUACAAGUCGCAGGCUAGCGCCUACGAUGCGACGAGAAAGCGCCUUCUAAAAGGCCGAGAGGAUAUGCUAGCCUUAGCAGCUGCGCAGCUUGUUCUAAAGACGAAAGCUGUCAAUCCAAACAGCUCCAGAAGAGUCUGGGUCGAUAUUGGUGGCGGCACUGGCUGGAACAUUGAGGCAAUGUCUCAGUUCGUAAACGUUUCUACCUUCUUCGAUAGCGUGUACCUAGUUGACUUCUCGCCGUCUCUGUGUGAAGUAGCUCGGAAGCGAUUCGCUAGACUGGGUUGGACCAACGUUAAAGUUAUCUGCCAAGAUGCGAGGAAAUUCCACUUGGAAGAUCACGAACCAAUCCUUGAUGGUGGACGGGAGACGUCUCCCGAAGCUAGUUACUUCUCCCAAGAGAAGUCGAGGCAUCUAGGAGCUGAUCUAGUUACCAUGUCCUAUAGCCUCUCGAUGAUUCCUGAUUACUACUCAGUUGUCGACUCCUUAACGUCACUCUUAGCGCCACAUGGAAUAAUUGGCGUGGUUGACUUCUACGUUCAAUCUCAAGUUGAUGUCAGCUUUAGGAACUACACAGGAGGUCUUAUCGAUCGUCACGUGAACUUUCUUGGGAGAACGUUUUGGCGUGCUUGGUUCGAUAUUGACAGAGUCGCUCUUGAACCUGGCCGUCGAGACUACCUUGAAUAUCGCUUUGGUACAGUCCUCAACGCCAAUACGCGCAACUACGUACUUGGCGGGAUCCCAUACUACAUCUGGCUGGGUGCGCCCAAGCAACCACUUUCAUCUUCUCUCGCGCACGAAAUUGUCGAAAAGGUCGAUGCUCUGGUUACUGAGUCGCCCUACCUUUCACCUGUAAACCACGCCAGCAAACUAUCUCUAGAAGUAGAGAAGGAUGUUGCGGAGAUCCGCUCCAAGGCUUUUGAUGCCGCCAUUAUAAACCUCUCAUCAAAUCUACCUCUUCCUUCAUUCUUUUACCAGAACCAUCACUAUCGGAUCUACUACGAUGACCAGCUAAAGAAGCACACUCAGUUCAAUGACGAGUAUAUCUACGCAUUCACCUGGGAAGACACCCGCGUCGACGAGCGGAUCUUGAGGAUUAAGCCCGACGAUGUGAUUCUUGCUAUUACUAGUGCAGGCGACAACCUCCUUUCCUACGCACUGCAAAGCCCUGCCAGAAUCCACGCUGUCGACCUGAACCCGUCCCAGAACCACCUGCUUGAGUUGAAGGUCGCCGCGUACCAGUCGCUCGAGUACGAGGAUUUCUGGAAGAUUUUCGGUGACGGCAAACAUCCUGAAUUCCGCUCUCUGCUCAUUUCGAAAAUGUCACCUCACCUGUCUAGCCGCGCGUUUCAAUAUUGGUUGAGCAAUCACCGCAUCUUCACAAAAAGCCAGGGCGGUCUCUACGACACCGGCGGUUCCCGGCACGGUAUUCGCAUCUUCCGUUGGAUCUCACAAGUCUUCGGCUGCCGAGCUGCCGUCAAGGAUCUCCUCACCGCCAAGACGCUGAAUGAGCAGCGCGAGAUCUGGCGCAGUCGCAUUCGUCCCGCUCUCAUGUCCCGUCUCGUUUCCAGAUUCGUCGUGAGCCAAGAGUCAUUUCUCUGGAGCGCUUUGGGUGUACCCAAAAACCAACUCGCCAUUCUCGAGAAAGACCACGCAGUCUCCAAGGCAGUAUGCGGUCCCAACCCGACCGCCAAGAACACUCGCUCGCACGCUAUCUGGGAAUACAUGGUGAACACGCUUGACCCCGUCGUGGAAACUACGCACAUCGCCACUGAUAAUCCGUACUACUACGUAUGCCUCGACGGCAAGUUCUCCAAGCAGUGCCACCCAGACUACCUCUCGCGCAAGGCCCACGCCCGCCUCUCACGACCCGAUGCGCUCGACAACUUGCGCAUUCACACGGAUGAGAUCGACGAGGUCCUCGCGCGCAUCACGCCCGGCACACUCACGGUGGCCGUCGUCAUGGACAGCAUGGACUGGUUCGACCCCGGGUCCGCCGCCGCCAAGUCGCAGAUCACGAAGCUCAACCGCGCGCUGAAGAUGGGCGGCCGCGUGAUGCUGCGCUCCGCGGGCCUGAAGCCGUGGUACCUCAAGGAGUUCGAGCAGCUCGGCUUCACGGCCAAGUGUCACGGCUCCCGCGAGGACGGCGCGUGCAUCGACCGUGUCAACAUGUAUGCCUCAUGCUGGAUCUGCACGAAGAAGGAGAACCUGGCGCCGCCUACCCCGCCUACUCCGAACAUGGAUUCUCUUGGGAGUGCAGAGAUCUCGUCUCUUAAAAUUUAAAGGUGGUGUUGUCUUAGGAUGUUGGGAACUAUGUAUUGGGAACUUGAG